CCGAAUACGGUCCCACUGAUUGUGAAAUCCGUGAUAACGAAUUUUAACACCAGAAUUUCUAGGAUUCCAUCAGAAUGCAAAAAGUGCUGGGACGCAUCCAGGCGCAGGUCCUCCGCUCCCGGGCGACGAAUGCAUUAGCCAAUGUGGUUAGACACGAGGCCACCUCCUCCAGGACAGCGGCUAAACCAGCCGCCACAUCCAAAGAAUUCCGGGAGAGACAGGUGCGAUUCAACAUAAAGAACGAACAGACCGAGGGUAGACCACUUUACCUGGAUGCCCAGGCCACCACUCCAAUGGACCCACGUGUAUUGGACGCUAUGCUCCCCUAUCUGACCAAUUUCUACGGAAAUCUGGUUCGUACGCUUCGCCUUCAACGCCUGGCAAAAGAUUCUGGCCUUGGGCAAUCAACUGGGCACAACAUUUGUCUGGGAAUUGGACUGCAAUGAUCCCAAUUUAACAAAGUGUAGCCAGCUGGUUCAUCCCAAAAGCAACUCCACCAUCCGACAGACUUCCUUCUCCAAAGACGGUUCCAUUUUAGUUUGCGUGUGCGACGACAGCACCGUGUGGCGAUGGGAUCGCGUCAAUUAGGAUGAGUGUUUCUAGGCUAAAAGAAUUUUCCUUAUCCUUCUAAAUCCGAUACCAUAUUUAUGUAACCAUAGUUAUUUUCAGUGUAAUGUUUACCUUCAAUAUUAAGUAUGUUCUUAUGCGUAGCAUUUAUAUACAAUACUCAUUGUAUUGACAAUUUAUGUUAAAUUAUGUUAAAUUUUUUAACAUUAACCAAGAUAUUUAUUCUAUUCUAUUACUUUUUUAAUGAUCAAAUAGCUUCGCAAAUAUUAUCAUCUUAUGUUGUGUGAAUGGCGUGGGCUCUAUCUUUAAUGUUUAUAUUUUAACUAACUAACUUGUACACAAUAAAAACUGUGAACACU